AUGAAGACCUCUGCAGCUGCCCUCGCUGUACUUUUUGUGGCUGUUGUCUGCUACCAGGUCUCCUCUUCUCCAGUUUCUGUCAACUUUUCUGGUCCCUGCUGCGUCAACUACAGCAACAAACCGUUUCCCUUGAGCCGCGUGGUGAUGUAUGAGCACACAGGCAGCAACUGCCCCCAGCCAGCUGUGAUAUUUACCACUGUCGCAGACAAGAAGGUUUGUGGCAAACCUGGUGAUAAGUGGGUCCAGGACAUCAUCAAUCACCACAAGAACAAG